CCGUAUGAUGUGUCCACAGCGUGGCGCCAUGGAUGUGUCUGGCACGUGCAUCGGCAGCCGCACGGCCUGCUGGGAGGCCAAGCUGGUGUUCCUGCACUCACGCGUCGGAUCCCAUCUUGUGCGACUCAAGUGGCUGAUAGCCGUAGAGGUCCCAGUCGAGGUGGUGACGGUCGUCUGCGCGGCGCUGGAUGGCGGACACGCGGACGCGCUGGCCUUCCUGUGGGAUGAGGCCGGCGUGCCGGUGCCCGCGCUCCUGAUGGUGCAGCAGGGUGUCAGCGGCGAGCCCUGGGCCCUGACGCACGCUCGCGGUGCGGCUGCUGUUGGAGCGGCGCUUGCUGACCACGCCCGACGAGCUGACCGAACACUGCGUGAUGUGUCGGCGCGGGGACGGAGGUGCCGGAUACCUGCGUUGCGGGCCGCGGCGACAAUCCGCAGUCGCUGCAGCUGCAGCAAAAUCGCUGGGGUGCCGUAAUUGGUUGGAGGCAGUAGCGGCGGCGGCGCGGCGCAGAGCCUGAAACGUGCGGUAAGCGGGGCUUGGAUAGGUGCUUACGUGUACGGCCAAGCGGCGGAAUGCGGUACACGUUUGCAUCUGGGUGAUGCCCGUAGGGUGCUGGUUGGGCUCGAGUACACGUUUUACAAUCUGAUGCAAUGGCUGGGGCACAGCCGCACAGGUACUGGCGCUGAGGUGCUGAGGAGGGUGUGCGAUGGGACAGGGUUAAGGCAGGUUGGCGAGGUGCUGAGGAGGGAGCAAGUCAUGCGGAGUGCGGACUAGAGGGCGCUUUGUUGAAGGGUUGCUAUUGAACGGUGCACGUCGUGUCACUUAGCGAACCGGGUACCGUGCACUGUCUGUACCGAGGUAUGUGGACUGGGGAUAUGCAGCUGCGUGUCAAUCGUGCAUUGAUCAUCUCAGCUGUGACUAUGUACCAUAUGGACCACAGAGAGAGUGUAGCUAUCACCGGCAGAAUUC